AUGAAGUCUCAAUUACAAAAUCUUGAACACAUUCUUCAAUCUAUAUAUGAAGCUACACAAUUAUUAUCAACAUCAAAAUAUUUAGCAAUUAGUGAUAUGUAUGAUUAUUGGAAAUUAGCUUUGGAUAAAACUUCAAUAUUAUUAACAGUUUUUGAUCCUUGA